CAAAUAUUCUACUGAUUUGCGUGGCAAGUCCUCUAGCGGAGAUGAGCAUGCAAAUACCUAUCAUAAUUAUGGCUGUCCAGCUCACAACAUCGUUCUGUCAUAACUUUCAUCUCACAGCAUCGUUUUUUCAUGACUUAUGUAAGAAGUUCAGGAUUAUGGGCAGUUCACUUUCUGUUUUGUUUUCCUUGGCAACAUUAAUUUUAUCUUUGAUAUACAACUCCGAAGAUAUUAUUAUUGGCCUUGUGAGUGUUGUGCUGGUGAUUAGUUCCAUAGAGUGGAUCAUUGCAAUGCUGCCUUUAGGACCAAGCCACGAGCUAAAUGAUGUCGUUGACUGUGCUCUUUGUGUGUGCUUUGUCUUCCAUCAAGUUUUCAUAAACGUUUUUCUCUAUGUCAGCAUCAACAGCUUGUUUGAGGACUGGGGAAAAACUACGAGAGUGUUUUGGCUUCUGACUGUUCAGACAGCCCUGACAAUAGUUUGGAAUAUUGUGCUCUGCGCCAAGAAGAAAACAUUACUACAGAAAAAAAGCGUUUCUGUCUUCGAUAAGGCCAAACAUAAUCAGCAUCAUAAAGGAAAGAAGGAGCAUCUCUCACCAAAAGGAGUGGUUGUUAUACUCUGCUCUGUUAUCCUCAUGGUUUUGAGCACAUCUCUGUCAGUACUAAUCUUUGUUGACUAUUUCUGAAGCAGAUGAGUUAAUAUACUCUAAAGUACCAUUGAGACUUAUCCACACCCCUGAUAAAGAAGUCAGAAUAUAACUUUACAUAAAUUAAAAGUUCUGUGACAGACUUUUUUUUUAUUAUUGUUUCCUUUACUUUCUUACUUGCUUUCUUAUGGUUUUGUAAUGACAAAAUAUGUUUUGUAGAGCAUACAAGACAGAUAUUGUUGAUCUUUUCACUUCUGAAGAUCAACAUUAUGUGUCUUACUGAAAUGGCAUGCUUAUAUCUUUCCCUUUGUAAAGAGAGAUUAUGAGAAUUGAAAUACUGUUUAAUAUUUAUAUGUUCUCUGUUCAACUUGUAAAAGCAAAUUAUAAUUGGGAUUUUUUUUUCUCACAAAAAAUCUGUAUGUUUAGAAGACUACAAAUACAAUUUUUAGAUAUGUUAAAGUCAACUUUUACAACUUUUUCCACAUGUUCACCGGGUGUGCAAAUAAAUGUGGGCUAUGAAGAAUAUUGAGAAGAAUAUAGCAUAUGUUCAUUCAAAAAUAUGAACAUAUGCUCCCUUUUUUUUCCUCUUUUAAAGCUGUUCAUGAGUAGCUGCAUGCAAGAAAUAUCUCACUAAAUCACAUAUGGAAGAAAGUGGAGCGGUUAUCACAGUCAGAAAUAGCAAAGAGUGAGAUUAGAGUAACCUGAAGAGCAUGUCGUAAAACAGCUUUAUUGACUUUUCACUAAAUAGGUCAGCCUGUUGUUGAAACUUUGAACUCUUUAGUGCUUUGUUCAAAGCUUU